UGUCGACAUGCUGAUACGAGUUCAUUCUUGGAGUUUAGUGUGCUGGUUUCAGGUUCCUGGGAACAGGUGAGACAUACACAUCUUUGGCAUCACAGUACAGAGUCGGUGUGACCACCUUGUCACCAGAGGUCUGUGAAGCUAUCUGGAUUUCGAUGCAAGAACACUUCAUGCCUUUCCCCAAAACUAGUGAAGAGCGGCAGGCAAAAGCUGUGCAUUUAGCACAAAGAUGGGACUACCCACAUUGCAUAGGUGCCAUAUAUGGGAAACAUGUACUAAUUGAGGCCCCAGCCAACACAGGGUCUCAGUACUUCAACUAUAAGCAUACAUUUUCAGUGGUGCUACUAGCUUUGGUUGAUGCAAAUUACAAUUUCAUCUAUGUUGAUAUAGGGGCUUAUGGGAAACAAUCUGAUGGUGGUAUUUAUUCUGCAUCAACUUUGGGAAGAGCGCUGUCACCUCCAAAUUCAUUGCAGUUACCCAAGGAUGAUGUUAUUAAUGGAGAUGAGGAAUUAGGUCCAAUGCCAUAUGUGGUAGUUGCAGACGAGGCUUUUCCCUUACAACGACAUGUGAUGAGGCCCUAUCCAGGAAAAACCACAAGCGAGGAACAAGAUGUCUACAACUACCGCCAUAGUCGUGCAAGACGAAUUGUAGAGAAUGCCUUUGGGAUUUUAUCACAAAGAUGGCGAGUGUACCACACCAAAAUUGCUGUCAUGCCAGAUAGUGUCAUCAGAAUUGUUAAAGUAACAACUGUGCUGCACAAUAUGUUACAAAGACAAUCUAAGACAACCACAGAAUUGUUGGACGAGACCAGUUGUGACCUAGCAGCUGGACUUCAGCCAUUAAAUAGAUUGGGCACAAGAGGCACAGCUGAGACAAUGCAGAUCAGAGAACAGUUUACCAGAUAUUUUAAUACACAUGCUUUACCUUGGCAAGUACAAUACGUUCGAAGAGAAUUAAAUAUAUAAGCUUAGAGUAUCUGGUUCAUGGGAUGUCUGCACCACUUUCCUCCUCCAUUUCAUCAUCACUAUUGCGGGAAUCCUCUUCUUCUGAAGAACCUUGAUGGAUGUCAUCUGCCAGAUUGCUCACAGUACUAGAAUGAACAAUAAACUGUUGAGUUAAUCUGUAUUCUAUUAACUCUAUACACGUACAGUGGUGCACCUUUAUAAUGUUACUUAUAAACGUUUUAUUUUCUUUAUAAAGUUGGUUAUUAUGA